AUGGCAGGCGGCAACAAGAAAAAGAAGAAGCCGGCUGCCAGUGUAGCCCGUGGCUUUGCGACCACAUCCAUUGCGUCCAAGCCACGGGCAGACCCCACUGAAGCGGCCGCUGACAACACCGCUGAAGCUGCCGGUAAGGCCCGCGAUGCCCCUCCUGCAGCCAAAGGCAGCGGCCCAUCACCCGCUGCAGCGCCCGCCGCCGCCGGAGCUCCCCAGAACGGCGAAAAGGCACGGGCACCCGGACAGGACCUAAGCGCAGAGGAAUUCGAGAAGCAGCUCGAAGAGUCGGAGCUGCAGUUGCUGGUAGAAAAGCAUGCGCAGAAGACGCGCCGGGAUGCACAGCGCCAAAAGUCCCGGCUAGAGACGGACCGCCGCCUGCUCAGAGGCCAGGCCGAGUCGGUCAAUGCGCGGAAAUGGCUACCGCCAGAACUCAUGGACCACGUCCUCGAUCUCAUUCAGGCCGAAGGGCGCUUCGCCGCCUCGAGUGUUGCCUCAGACUCGGUCUCAUCUAGCAAGAUGCUGGCCGAGGAGGACCUCACCAUCAAGUUGUGGACCCUGCAACAGACGCUCGAGGCAGCUGGUUUUCUGGGCGAAAGGAUACAGUCUGUGCUCAAGUACGUGCUCGACAUUGCACCCAACGUCAACGCUGGCAACAAGGAUUCCAUAUGGGGUCUUGACGAGGCGCUAGAUUGGCUUGCGAGGGAGUGUCAGAACGACGACUUGCCCGGGUAUGAAGCCAAAGCUGGAGCAGGGUCUAAAUCCCAGGUGGACACACCCGUGGACACGCCGCUGCCUUCUGGUGCUACUACCCCCAGAGGCGUGAGCACCGACUCUCGCCUAAAGAAGAAGAACGGCGUCAAGCAGGCUGCGCCCAAGAAGCUUGUCGUCACGUACGACAGCGAUAUAGAGCCGGACGAUCUCGUGCCCAAGUAUGUUGAUGCCAAAUCAGAGCUGUUUGCGAUACAGCGGCCGCAGCAAGACCAGCUGCCGGCGAACAAGCGUAAGGCGGCUCAAGCGCUGUCGCAGAGCCCUGAGGAGGAAUUGAAAGUCGCAAAGCUACUUGCUAAGAUUGACCGGAUCGAGAAUGAUGUGCUCUUUGACAGCCACGUGGCCGAGCAGCUGUGGAGGAACAGGAAAAUUAUACUAGAGAAGGACUAUGCGGCCGAAAAGAAGAAGCGUGCAGAAGAGGCGGAAGAGGCAAAAGCGGCCGCUGAAGCCUCCGCAGAGACCGCGCAGGAUGGCGCCGAGGAAGUAGACGAUGUGUCCAAGGAGGCUGAGCGUAUCGCGGCAGAGAUACUCGCGCAGAAUGAGGACGAUGAUGACGACGCACUCGGGGACUUGUUCUCAAGCCUCCCCACCACCGAAGUUGAUCCGGUCUCUGGCAAAUCCAGCACCGUCGUCAACGGUGCAGAUGGGGUCAAGGUUAUCAUCCGAGACUUUGGCAAAUGGACCGGCAUCAGUCCCACGAGGGUACUUGAGGAGGCGUGCAGGUCUCGCGAUUCAUCAGCUAGGAUUUCCUACUCCCUGAUCUCCGAGUCCACGUUUGCCAACCGCCACGCUGUGACAAUCCAGUGGAACAAGGCCCAGGACACGGCGCAGCUGCUCUCAGUCGAUAACGUGCAGAGCGUCGUCUACCCGAGCCGCUUCACCUUCCAGAUGACUGGCGUGGCGACGCCCGACAAGAAGCAAUCCGAGGCUUAUGUGGCCACGGCCGCUCUGUUCCUCGUCUUUGGCUCCUCUUCAAAAGAGGAAAAGGUAGCGAUGCGCCUUCCGGCCGCCUGGAAAGACCUCUGGACAGAAUUUGCGGAUGCCAGGAAGAGCGAGGCUGACGCCAAAGACCGCCAAGCCAUCAAGGAGCUCCGAUCGAUCGUGCGAGAACGCCGGGAUCAGGAGCUCGAGGAUGGUGUAUUAUUACAGGGGGCCUUUCGAGGCCGAGCUGGUCCGCGGGGCGCCGCCGAUGCCCAGGACGAUGGCCUCUCGGACAAGUCCAAGGCGCAGGCCAGCAACCCGGAAUACUACCAAAAGAUCUGGUCGGACAAGAGCAGCACUCCCAAGUUCCAAAACAUGCUAAAGUCGCGCAUGCAGCUGCCCAUGUGGCACUUUAGGGAUCAAGUCCUGCAAGCUGUCGAUCGUGAGCAGGUCGUCAUAGUCUGCGGAGAGACGGGCUGCGGCAAGUCUACUCAGGUCCCCUCCUUUCUGCUUGAGCACCAGCUCUCCCAGGGCAAGAACUGCAAGAUCUACUGCACAGAACCGCGCCGGAUCUCAGCCAUCUCGCUGGCAAAACGCGUCAGCGAGGAGCUUGGCGAAGGCCGCAACGACAUCGGUACCCCCAGAUCGCUCGUUGGUUACUCGAUCCGCCUCGAGGCCAACACGUCCAAAGAGACCAGGCUUGUCUAUGCCACCACCGGCAUUGUCAUGAGGAUGCUUGAGGGCUCCAAUGAUUUGAAAGAGAUAACCCACUUGGUGCUGGAUGAAGUCCACGAACGGUCCAUUGACAGCGACUUUUUGCUGAUCGUUCUCAAGAAGCUAAUGCUGCGGAGAAAAGACCUCAAGGUUGUCCUCAUGUCGGCCACUGUGGACGCGGACCGCUUCUCCAAGUAUCUCGGUGGUGCGCCCGUGCUCAACGUACCCGGGCGAACAUUCCCCGUCCAGGUUAGAUACCUCGAGGACGCGGUCGAGCUCACCGGCUUCUCCACUGAGCAGCGCGUCCAGGAGAAGCUUACGGAUCUCGACGAUGACCUGGUAGACAUUGAGCCCGAGACCUCGUCCAAACCAGAGUUGCUCAAGACCCUCGGCAGUUACUCGCCCAGGACGCGCAGUACCCUGUCCCAGAUUGACGAAUACCAAAUUUACCCUGACCUAGUCGUCCAGCUCAUCUCCAAGAUCGCUGCUGACCCGAACUAUGCGGACUUCAGUAAGGCCAUCCUGGUCUUCCUCCCCGGCAUUGCCGAGAUCCGCACUCUGAAUGAUUUGCUCCUCGGUGAUCGUAACUUUAGCUCUAACUGGCUCAUCUACCCACUGCACUCCACGAUCGCGACCGAGGACCAGGAGCAAGCCUUCCUCAUACCACCCCCAGGCUACCGCAAGAUCGUGCUGGCGACCAACAUUGCAGAGACGGGCAUCACCAUCCCUGAUGUCACCUGCGUUAUUGACACCGGAAAGCACAGGGAGAUGCGCUUCGACGAGCGGCGGCAGCUGUCCCGCCUGCUCGACGCCUUCAUCUCCCGUGCCAACGCCAAACAGCGCCGCGGUCGCGCGGGCCGUGUGCAGGAGGGCCUCUGCUUCCAUCUCUUCACCAAGUACCGGCACGACAACCUCAUGAACGACCAGCAGACUCCCGAGAUGCUGCGCCUGUCGCUGCAAGACCUCGCCAUACGCGUCAAGAUCUGUAAGAUUGGCGCCAUCGAGGAGACGCUAAGCGAGGCCCUCGAUCCCCCUUCGGCCAAGAAUAUCCGCCGCGCCGUCGACGCCCUCGUGGAUGUGAGGGCCCUGACGCCGGCAGAAGAGCUCACGCCACUGGGAAACCAGCUCGCGCGCCUGCCACUCGAUGUCUUCCUCGGCAAGCUCAUCCUCCUCGGCACCGUCUUCAAGUGCUUGGACAUGGCGCUCACCGUGGCCGCCAUUUUGUCUUCCAAAUCCCCCUUUGUCGCCCCCUUCGGCCAGCGCAACCAAGCGGACACGGUACGGCUGGGCUUCCGCCGCGGCGACUCCGACCUGCUGACCAUCUACAACGCCUACCUCGCCUGGAAGCGCGUCUGCCAGUCCGCCGUGGCCGCGUCGGGCGGCGGCGAGUUCCAGUUCUGCCGCAAGAACUUCCUCAGCCCGCAGACCCUGGCCAACAUCGAGGACCUCAAGGGCCAGCUGCUCGUCUCGCUCGUCGACUCGGGUUUCCUGUCCGUCACGUCGGAGGAGAGGCGCGCGCUCAACCAGUCGCGCUACGCCGCGGGCAACAGGCGGCGGCGCCAGGUCUUUGUCGACGUGCCGCAGCGUGUUAACAUCAACAGCGACAACGACGUCAUCUCCCAGUCCGUCAUCGCGUGGAGCUUCUACCCCAAGCUGCUCGUGCGCGACGUGCCGGGCGGCCGGGGCCUGCGCAACGUCGGCAACAACCAGACCAUUAGCCUUCACCCUUCGAGCGUCAACAAGGGCCACAACGACCUGAGGUGGCUGUCUUAUUACCAUAUCAUGCAGUCCAAGUCAUACUAUAAUGCACACGAGACCACGGCCGUAGAGGCCUUCCCUAUCGCCCUGCUCUGUGGCGAUGUGCGAGUUGAUAUGUACUCGGGCGUAUUGAUCCUGGACGGGAACAGAGCCCGUUUCGCUGCGCCGGACUGGAAGACCAUGCUAGUCAUCAAGGUGCUGCGCUCGCGGCUCCGUGAAAUGCUGACGAGGUCCUUCAAGCAGCCCGGCAAGCUACCGACGGCGCAGCACGAGCGCUGGCUAGACGCUUGGCAGCGCAUCUUUUCGCAGGAUUUUGGCAAAGAUAAGGAUGCCGGAACGACGGUGACUCGAGGUUAG